AACCAAAGUCAGGCUUAACCUACUGAGCCACACAGGCGCCCCCCGCCCCCCAGAACAGUUGUGCGUGUCGCAUUCUAGCGUCCAUCACCGACACUGACCACCCCGGCUUUUACUUCAUUAAACAAGGAGCUGUCACUAUGCGGGUCUCAGUCGACCCACGAGGACCCCGGGCGCCAGGUCCCCACACUGCUCCGCCUCCCCCCUAGAGCGCAUGUCCACCGCUCUCUAAAGACUUUUCUCUCACCCCAACCCGCCCCGCCCUCCAAAAAUUGCUUCCCCGGGCACCGGGCGCAACUUGUGAAAUACCGCCGCUCCCAAUAGAAGCGGCCCACCCUUCCCUGAGGUUGCACCCAGCCUGGCUCGAAACGACACCAGCGGGAUCGGACGGAAUCCAAAAGCGGAACCCGAAACCGGGCGGCCGGAAGAGAAAACAGACCCGCAGACGCUAGGAGGAGAGUGGUGCGCUGGACCCGCCCCACCGGAUGUGUCCUGGACACGCCCCGGCACCGCCCCGCGACGCACGCGCGUGCGCCAUUUUCUGCAGCCCCGGAAGCUGAUCCAGCAGGGCAACGUGCGCUGUGGGUUGGGUGAGUCUCCAUUUUUCUGGUUCGCACCGGCGGUUGCGCUGCUCAGUGCCCGGCUCCACCCCAGGUUCCGGGGUCGCCUGUAUAACCUUACUUGAGAAAGAAGACCAGAAGAAGGGGGGAAAAAAGAAGGAAUGGCUCUUUUCCAGGGACGGUUGACCUUCAGGGAUGUGGCCAUAGAUUUCUCUCAGGAGGAAUGGGAGUGCCUGGACCCCGCUCAGAGGGCUUUGUACAAGGAUGUGAUGUUGGAGAACUACAGGAACCUGGUCUCCGUGGGUGAGGAUAACUUGCCUCCAGAAGUCGGUCCUGCUUUUAAUUUACACCACAAUCAUAUUCCGAUAGAUGUGCAAGCACAAGCACUGUCCCCACAUGGAAGCCUUUCUCCUGGAUUUGCACUCAAGGAAUUGUCACCAGUAGAGGACAUUUAUAAAGAAGUAUUAUACCACUUAGUGAUAUUGGAGAGAAAUGAAAGCCAUGGCAUCAAGAAUUUUGAUCUCAAGGAAGUCUGGGAAAAUAGGCAUGAGUUUGAAAAUCGGUGGGGAGAUGAUGCAAGAAAUUACAAAGAAGUGCCUUUGACCCAUAACAAAAAUCUCACUUGUAGGAAAGAUCAGCCACUUAAUCAGCCCUCAGUCACUCUUCCUGAAAAGCAGAGUGUUUCUGUGAGAAAAAAUACCUACCAGUAUGUCAUGAAUAAUGAACCAUUCAUCAGGACUUUGUUACAACAGGACAGUAACGUAAGUGGUUCUGGAAACCAGUAUAUAAACUGCUUGGAAAAUAGAAUGGGAUUAAGUUUGCAGGCACACCUGGGUGAACUCCAGAGAUUUGACAGUGAGGAGGAAAUGUAUGAAUGUAGUAAUCCAAUUGAGAAGUCUGUCAGCAAUGGUUCCUCAGUCUCACCACUUGAAAGAAUUCCUCCCAGGACCCAAAACAUUUGGAAUAAAUCUAGGAAGAUUUAUCAUUUGUUACCUGCCCAAGCCAGGAGAGGAUACACCAGAGGAAAAUCUUAUAAAUGUAAUGAAUGUGGGAAGGAUUUUAGCAAGAGCUCAAACCUCAUGAAUCAUGAGGGUAUUCUUUCUGCACAGAGACUUUACAAAUGUAAUACAUGUAGCAAAGCGUUUGUUGAGUGUUCAAGCCUUACUCAAGAUAAGAAAAUCCAUACCGGUGAGAAACCUUACAAAGGUAAUGAGUGUGCCAAAGCGUUUACCCAAUUUGGCAACCUUAGUAGUCAUCAGAAAAUACAUGCUGGGGAGAACCAGCACAAAUGUAACGUGUGUAACAAGGCUUUUAUCCAAAGGUCAAGACUUAAGGCACAUCAGGUAAUUCAUACAGGAGAAAAACAUUAUAAAUGUACUAAAUGUGAUAAGGCUUUUAUCAAACAUUCAGCACGUUUGCGUCAUGAGAGAACUCAUACCGGUGAGAAACGUUACAAAUGUAUUGAUUGUGGCAAGGCCUUUUUGAGGAGUUCACACCUUACUCAGCAUAAGAGAAUCCAUACUGGAGAGAAACCUUACAAGUGUAAUGAAUGUGGCAGGGCUUUUAACCAAUUUUCACACCUUUGGUGUCAUGAGAAAAUUCAUACUGGCGACAAACCUUACAAAUGUAAUGAGUGUGGCAAAGCCUUUACCCAGGCUUCAAGACUCACUAAACAUCAGAGAGUCCAUACAGGACAGAAACCAUAUAAAUGUAAUGAAUGUGGUAGGGCUUUUAUCCAAUCUUCACACCUUAGGCGUCAUGAGAAAAUUCAUACUGGUGACAAACCUUACAUAUGUCAUGAGUGUGGCAAAGCCUUUACCCAGCGUGCAAAACUCACUACACAUCAGAGAGUCCAUACAGGAGAGAAAGUGUACAAGUGUUUCGUAAGUGGCAAAUCCUAUAGUCAAAAUUCAAACCUGGCAAAUCAUCAGAGAAUGCAUACUGGAGAGAAACCUUACAAAUGUAAAGAGUGUGGCAAAUCAUUUACACAAUUUGGAAAUCUCACUAUGCAUCAGAAAAUACACACUGGGGAAAAACCACACAAAUGUAAUGUGUGUGACAAGGCUUUUAUCCAAAGGUCAUACCUUGUGGCACAUCAGAGAAUUCACACAGGAGAAAGACCUUAUAGAUGUAAGAAAUGUAGUAAGGCUUUUGUCAACCAUUCAGAGCUUUUGCGUCAUGAGAGAACUCAUACUGGUGAGAAACCUUACAAAUGUAUUGACUGUGGCAAGGCCUUUUGGAGGAGUUCACAUCUUAUUCAGCAUAAGAGAAUCCAUACUGGUGAGAAACCUUACAAGUGUAAUGAAUGUGGGAGGGCUUUUAACCAAUUUUCACACCUUUGGUGUCAUAAGAGAAUUCAUACUGGCGACAAACCUUACAAAUGCAAUGAGUGUGGCAAAGCGUUUACCCGACUUGGAAAACUUACUAAUCAUCAGAAAAUACACACUGGCUAGCAACCACCCAAAUGUGAUGUGUGUGACAAGGCUUUUAUCCAAAUGUCAGGCCUUUGGCACCUCAGAGAAUCCGUACAGGAGAAAAACCUUGUAAAUGUACUAAAUGUGAUAAAGCUUUUAGCACACGUUGAGACCUUUGUAGUCAUGAGAGUACUUCUACUGGAGAGAAACUUUACAGAUGUAGUGAGUGUGGCAAAACCUUUGCUGAGCGCUCACAUGUUAACAGAAAAAUCCAUACUAGAGAGAAACCUUAACAGAUGUAAUGAGUGUGGCAAAGCGUUUACCCAAUUUGGAAACCUUACUGGGCCUCAGAAAAUACACACUGGGCAGAAACCACACAAAUGUAAUGUGUAUAACAAGGCUUUUAUCCAUUGUUCAAGUCUUAUGGCACAUCAGAGAAUUCAUACAGCAGAAAAACCUUACAAAUGUAAUAUGUGUAAUGAGGCUCUUAUCAAACAUUCUCACCUUUGGUGUCAUGAGAGAUCUCAUACUAGAGAGAAACUGUACAAAUGUAUUUAGUGUGGAAAAGCCUUUAUGGAGCAUUCACAUCUUACUCAAUGUGAACCUAAUAUGUGUGGCAGUGCUUUUAUUCAAAGCUCAAGCUUUGGGGAGCAUCAAAGAAUUCAUAGGAGAAAAAAACAAAUGAGCAAGGGUUCAACACUUGCUCAGCAUCAGAGAUUCCAUCAUGGAGAGGAACCAUAUGGAACUAACAUAAGGGGGAAAUCUUGUAACCAGGGUUCACAACUCACCUGAUAGGAGAAUAGAAGCCUCUGAAAGGAAGAACACUGAAGGAAUGUAUGGCAGGGCUUAUCCAAAGCUUAUUUUAAGUUGUGGAAUGUAAUUUCUACUAGAGAGAAAAACCUUACAAAUAAAAUAGGUGUGAUCUGGGUUAUAAAAAAUGUACAAAUUGGGGAGAGGAUAAAAAUAGGUCAAUGGAGUUAGGAGGUACAGACUUCCAGUGAUAAGAAAACAAAAUGUACAACUUUGUGCUUUGUGGUCUAGAAAGAAUUCACAUAACACGGAAACCAUAUAAAUGUGUCAAUGUCUUUACCUCAGGAAAUACUGAAGAAUUCAUGCUGGACAGGAACAUUAACGUAUAAUGAAGGCGGUGAUUUGUUUAGCCAGUUCUUCAAUGGACUACAAUUUAAACCUUCACACUAGGGAGAAGUAGGUCUAUUUUGAGGAUUAACCAAUCUUAGGUGUUAAGUUCCACAGAAAAUUAAAAUUAUUUAAAACUCAUGAGAUGGUGUGUCAAUGGUACAAGUAUAUCUGUGGAAAGACCUAAUCAUCUUCUGUUCAAAUAUUUUAUAAAGAUUUUAUUUUCUGUGCACACAACAUGGGGCUCAAACUCACAACCCCCAGAGCAAGAGUCACAUGCUCUUUUGG